AUGUCAAAAAAUCUAACGUUCCCCAGUACCAUUAAACCAGCCCACCUGCUCGGACCGCACCAGCUCGCUGUCUCCUUCUCCCGCACCCGCUCGCUGUCUCCUCUCCUCCCGCAACAUCUCUGCUCGUCGUCGCUGCCGAUAGGCAACGCCGGAAGCAGCGGCCGCCCCAACCUCCCACCGCCGCGGCCUCAUCAACAUGGGGUGCCCUCGCCGUACUAUCACCAGUACCCGCCAUGGCGCCCGGGCGCCGCCGCGCCGCCGCCGGUGCCGUUCCCCACGCACGUGGAGCGGCACAGGGCCGUUGCGGUGAGCGCCGGCGUCAACGUCAAGGGACAUACCCUGUGGCUGGAGCGCGACGACGACGGCGGCCACCUGCUCGCCUUCUCCUUCGACGCCGACGCCCCCGGGAGGUCAACCCGGAGGCGCUGCUCCUGGAGAGUCGAGCUGGAGCGGGAGGUGGCGCUUCUGCGGACGAAGCUGGAGGCUGCGCAGCUGCGCGCCGAGGCAGCGGAGGAGGCCGAGGAGCGGCUGUGCAUGCAGCUCCGCGAGGCCAAGUGCGAGACCCUCGAGCUCGCGCACGUGUACCAGGGCCACGUCCAGGAGCUCACCGCCGCACGCAGCAGAUAG